AUGGAAAUCGCAACAAUGGCGCAAGCGACACAGCUACAUGCUCAAUUACUGAAACACCAACAAACGGAUCCCCAAAACCUAAGCAAAAUAUUCAAUUUCACAGCUCUAUCACCCUCCGGCAACCUCACCUACGCCCGCCACAUUCUCAACUCCCUACAAACCCCUACGAACUCCUAUUUCCAUAACACCAUGAUACGAGCUUACUCCGACUCUUCUGACCCGUUUCAGUCAAUCUCCCUCUUCCUCACCUGGCAUAAUUCUCAAGACCCCUUUUCCCCUACACCCGACAGGUUUACUUACCCAUUCGUCCUCAAAGCUUGCUCCAAACUAAAACAAAAAAGAUUCGGAAAACAGCUCCAUGGGUUGAUAUACAAGUCUGGGUUUUCCCCCGAUUUGUAUAUCCAAAAUGCCCUGAUCCAUUUCUAUUCCGGUUGUGACCAAAUGGGGUUUGCAUCCAAAGUGUUUGAUAAAAUGCCUGAGAGAGACGUGGUUUCUUGGACUUCAGUAAUCAAUGGUUAUGUUGACAACAAAAUGACCCUUGAGGGGUUACGAUUGUUUGAUAAGAUGGUAAUGGAGGGUUUUGAGCCAAAUGACGUUACUGUCCUUUCUGUUCUUAGAGCUUGUGCUGAUACUGGAGCUUUGAGUGUUGGCAUAAAAGUCAACGACUUUGUUAAUCUUAAAGGUACCCAGUUAAAAAAGAACGUUGUCACUGCUCUUAUUGACAUGUAUUCAAAAUGUGGGUGCAUAGAUAGUGCAAUGAGAAUCUUCAAUGAAGCAGACAAUAAAGAUGUUUAUGUUUGGACAGCAAUGAUAUCAGGACUUUCAAGCCAUGGACUAUGCAAAGAAGCUCUUGAAUUGUUUGAGGAUAUGAAGAAUCUUGAAAUAAAGCCAGAUGAGAAGACAAUGACUGCUGUAUUAUCUGCUUGUAGGAACAUGGGAUGGGUUAAUGAAGGUUUACAUCAUUUCAAGAACAUCAAGAAAGUUUAUAAACUAAAACCAACUUUACAACAUUACGGAUGCAUAGUAGAUUUACUUGCUCGAUCUGGACAACUAGAAGAAGCCCAAAAGUUUAUAAAAUCAAUGCCAAUCGAACCCGAUUCUGUAAUGUUUAGAUCUUUGAUUUGGGGUUGUAAGGUUCAUGGAGACGCAGAAAGAUUGGAGCAUUUGAUCGAACAGUUUCAAGAUUCUUGUUCUGAUUGUGGGACUUAUGUGUUACUUGGUAAUGUAUACGCAUCAAAAGGGAAAUGGAAAAACAAAGCAAAAGUGAGAAGUUUAAUGAACAAAAAAGGGCUUGUGAAACCAUCAGGGUAUAGUCGAAUUGAAAUCAAUGGUGAAAUCUACCAAUUUACAGCUGGAAGUACUUGUAACAUUGAGGCAGAAAGUAUUUAUAAAAAGUUGGAAGAAAUAGAGGAGAGAUUAAAGGGUAGUGGUUAUGAUCCGAAAUUAUCAGAAGUGUUGCUUGAAAUAGAUGAUGAAGAGAAAGCUUCACAGUUGCUUCACCAUAGUGAGAAGCUUGCAGUAUCUUUUGGAUUGAUGAAAAUGAAACAAGGGAGUAUAAUUAGGAUUGUGAAAAAUUUAAGAUCUUGUGAAGAUUGCCACUCUUUUAUGAAACAUGUUUCGAGUGUUUAUAAACGAGAGGUUUUGAUUAGGGAUCGGAUACGGUUUCAUCAUUUUAGGAAUGGAGAGUGUUCUUGUGGGGAUUAUUGGUGA